AUGCCAAAAUACACAAUUGAGGAGCUAUUGCAAUUGAAACCAGAAGAAGUUAAACCAGUCAAUUUCGAUGCUGUAGAAUUUAAAGCAUUGAUCGAAAAAGUCAAACAAUUGCAAGCCUUAAGAGAGGAGGAAUACCAUAAUCAUAACCAUCACCACGGCCAUUUCAAUAGAAGAAGAUCUUCUCACCACCAUGGUAGACCAAAGGUUAACAAACAUAAGCCAAAGGUUAUUGUUGAUGAAGAAGGUUGGGCUACUUUUGAACCAAAGAACACAUCUGCAGUUGCUGAAGAACCAGAAGAAGGCGAAACCAAUUCCAAUGGUGACAAAAAGAACAGAUCUACUGAAUCUUUAGCCCAAGAAACAGUCAAGAUUAAACCAAACAACAAGAACAUCUCUUCCUCAAGACCUGCAGAUAAUAAAGAUAUCAUCAUGGAUAAACAAAUCCAUGGUUUCAAUACCUUUGCUGCCUUAGGUAAUGAGGAUGAUGAUGAAGAUGAAGAGGACGAAGAAGAAGCCUAA